AUGUUCAUGUGGCUCUCGAUGGGGGAACCAGAUGAAGCAAGAUUUGAACAAAUAGCAUGGAUUAAGAUAGUUGGUCUUCCAAUUAGACACUGGAGUGAACCAAAUUUUGAGAAGAUCAUUGCCAAGAAUGGAAAAAUUCUUGCCCCAGUUGAUGAUUUCAAGCACAAAGUCAAUCUUUCAUGUGUUAAACUUGGUAUCCUCACAAGUCGAAGGACAAAUAUAAAUGAGGAAGCCUCUAUAGAAAUUGGUGGUAAGUUUAUAACUAUUGGCAUUGUCGAAUUUGAAAAUUCCUUCGAGUUUGAUGACGAGAAGUAG